UAAAUUAAAUGCAGUAUCAAUAAUAGUAGAGCAUAUGCUUUUUUAAUUAGAAGAUUAAAGGUUUAUUUUUAAUGAAAUAUAAUAAUAAAUAGAUGUCUUAAGAAUUCAAGUAAAAUUUAAUUAAAAAAUUAUAUAAUGUGGUUUAUAUAAAAAAAACAUUUAAUAUCAAAUUUUUAAUACUUGGCACACUGUCGAUAGUUGUGCCAUUUAUUUUACAGAAAAAUAAAUAUAAUAUACGAGUAUUAUACUUGCAAAAGAUAUAUUACGCAGCACAGCGCGAUUAUUUUAGAGACAGUAGCAAAUAGAAGAUUGUGUGUGAAUCAUAUAAUAAUCAUAGGUCUCUCAAGGAGAAAUCAGAAUAAAUUGACUGCUGCAGGCAUUGAGAGACUGAGAACGAGAGAGCGAGAGAGUGAGAUGAAACUGACAAUUUGUGGGAGAUUGUUUUAAGCACGGAAAAUUGGUGUUCAAUGAAAUUUUUCACGUGUGAGUCGACAAUGUUUCUGUGCGUGGAAAUUAAUCUUAUUCAGUAUGUAUGUGAAACACAUCACUGACUUUACAGUUAUGUAAUCGUGAUUAUGUAAAAAAUUGGUAAUUGCAAGCGAUUAGGAAGGAGAUGGAUCGUGCCUCUACCAGCGGAGGCGGAGCAGCAAAUGAAAUUGUUGGUGUGGGGGACAUGUUAGAGAGAUAUACGCACGCUUCUUUCACACGUAAUGCACUCGGCCUAUUCAAUGUUAGUUUAGUCUAACAUGAAACGCGACAGUUGAUUGACAUAGGCACGAGAAUCUUCCAACAGCGCAACAAUCAUGAGCAACGAUCAAGAACAAUUGAAGCCGAUCGAGCUACGCGAACUGCAGCCACUACUGAGUCAUACAUUCGGCAAUCGACUGAUCGUAGUUCGUUACACGACUGAGAACUUGUUGCAGCCAGGUGAGAAUUAUGGUAGUACUAUUUUAAGUGUUCACGCCGUGAUCAAACGCAACGAUGAGGCGGAAGAGGAGGAUCUCCAUCUCAUCGCGAAGACGCCACCACCGACGGCAUUCCAACGGGAAAUUUUCAACUCUCCAUACACAUUCAGAAAGGAAAUCUUCAUGUAUGAAAAAAUCGUGCCUUUUUAUCAGGAACUGGAGAGAGAAAUAGGUUUUAAGAAGGAUGAAGUAUUCGACAUAUUACCCAAGUAUUAUCAGUCCCGAUUGUCAUUGAAUCCAGAUAUUGAUUUUGAUGACGAUGCCGUUAUCCUACUGGAAAAUUUAAGGACGCGCGGUUAUUACAAUGAUGAUAGAGUUAAAGGAUGCGAUCUUGAGCACUCAAGAGUCGCGAUACAGGCAAUGGCGAGAUUUCAUGCGCUGGGAAUGGCUACCAAGUACAAACGACCGGAGUACUUCGAGGUGUUAAAGGAACGCAGCAAAUGCUUGGAAUUGAAGACCGAGGAAUUUGAGCGUUUCCAAGAAGAUAUGGUGAAGAUAAUAGCAAAAGAUUCACAGUUAGCUGUUUAUACCGAUCGGUGUGAAGUCGCUAUGUACGACUCGUUUAAACGUGGCUUAUGGACCUUGACACCCGAUGAGUCAUGGUCCACUAUUAUUCAUGCGGACUUUUGGGUGAACAACAUCAUGUUCCAUCGCGACGAGAAUGGCCGAGUGGAUGAUAUCAAAUUCGUAGAUUUUCAGAAUUACUUGUUCUUGAGUCCGUUACGCGAGAUAGUCUUCUUCCUCUUCUCUAGCACAGAUGUGAGCGAGGAUUGCCUUGAAGAACUAAUAUGUUUUUAUCACGAGACGUUACUGGCCGUGCUAGACCGAAUGGGUUGCGACACCGAACAGUUCACCAGAGAGAAAUUUGACGCCAAAAUAUCGGAAGAUGCUAAAUUUGAAUGUAUACAUAUAUUCUUCAUGCUCAAGAUACUCACAUUGAACGUGCAGGAGACCGAAUUGAAAAUUGACAACAUGAAGGACUUUAUGUUGACUUACCAAGGCAAUAAAGCGUUUAUUCAACGGUUACGCAAAGUCGUGUUAUAUUUUGUCAAACACGAUUGGAUUUAGACAAUACAAUAGAAAAAAAGUAGAUAAUGCCUCAUACGUGAAUUAUUUGAUAAGUUUAGUAAAUUUUUAUAAAAUGACACGUUAUUUACGUUCGAUUAUUUAAAGCGAGCGGUUUAACAGUUGCUACAAAAAUAUAAUUUUUUCCCACCGUUAGAUUUUCAAAUUUGCAAACAGAAAGAAGUCGUACGGGGCCACAUUCGGAGAACAGGGUAGAUGAGGAAUCAGUUUGAAUCCAAUUUAUAUAAUUUUUCCAUUGUGAUGAUCGAAAUUUAUUUCUUUUUUUUCUACUUUGUGACAAUUAACUUUAGAAACAUACUAAACUGCAUACUUUAAAUAUUUACGUAAAUAAUGCGUCACUUUUGAUUGAAAUUUUAUUUGGAAGAGAGUCUGAGGAGUAAAACUUUCCAGAUGUUACAUGAAUAAAUAAAUAGUAGUGUCAUUUCAAUAAAAAUUUAAACGUAUUAAUAAUCUACAUAUAUGAUUCAAUUAUUGAGUGUCUAAAAUACUAAAAA